UAUUAUUUGUAAUUUUGUUUUAUUCACAUUUUAUUAAUUUAUCAUUUUAAUCUUACAAAAUAUAUACAGAAUAUAUGUGGGCGCCAAAUUUUGGGUCAUAUAGGCCACACUUGUACUAUACCAAAUAUUAAUGUGGUCUACAUGACCCAAAAUAUCAUGUUCACAUAUGUGGAUACCAGGACUUUAAUCAAGUUUUUUUUUUUUAAUUAUUUAUUUAAUUUAAUUAAUAAAAUUGUCAAUUGUCUUAUAAAAUGUUACAAAUAAAUUCCUCAAAUUUAAUUCUUGAUUGGUAAACAGGUCAUAAUUUCCCCACGCUAUGUCCCCUUUUAAAUUCCUCCCACUACUUGAGAAUUCUUUCACAAUCCCCUCCCACCAACCCAGCAUGACUGCUGGCUAUCUUCACCAAUUUGGCAAUCAUCACACUUUCACUCUGUCAUCUGACUAUCCGACAUCCUAGACAAGCGGUCUGGUCCAGUGGUGAGGACGCCCCAUAAAGGAUAGGCAACAUUAAAUCAUCAGGAUGCUGUUUGUCUUCUUUUUAUGGUCUGUUGGGUUCUUCUUCAAGAUUGGGACAUGCACUGCAGCCCAAUCCGAGCUGAGAAUUACUACAAUCCUGCAAGAGCCUUACACAAUGCCCAAAGGAUCACAAUUGGAAGGCUUUUGCAUGGACUUGCUGUCAGAAGUAGCUAAAAAACUGGACUUCAAAUACAAAGUGCAUCUGGUGAAGGAUGGCUCUUACGGCAGACAAGAUGACAACGGGCGCUGGAAUGGGAUGGUUGGCGAAGUGGUGCGAGGGGAGGCUGACUUGGCGAUCGCUCCGUUGACCCUCACUGCCGCUCGGGAGAAGGCGGUCGGCAUGAGCAAACCCUUCAUGCAGACAGGAAUAAGCAUCCUGCUGAGGAAGGACAUCUCAGAGGGGACCGGAUUCUUUGAUUUCCUCACUCCCUUUUCGGCUGAAACUUGGAUUGGUAUCAUCAUCGCCUACCUGGGAACUGCUGUUUGCUUCGCUAUAGUGGCAAGAGUGAGCCCGAGUGAGUGGAGUCAACCUCAAAGUGAGCAGAACACUUUCAGCCUUCCACACAGCCUAUGGUAUGCUGUUGGGGCGCUAACGCUACAAGGUGCCGGUCCACAUCCCCGCGCUUUCUCCGGACGCGUCAUCUGCUGCAGCUGGUGGCUUUUUGCUAUGGUCAUAUUGGCUUGUUAUUUCUCGAACCUCAGUUCUUCCAAGAGCCCUGAAUCCACCCAGCUGAACGUGAAAGGCUUUGAAGACUUGGCCAAACAGGAUGUGAUCGAGUAUGGCUGCCUGAGUGCCUCCUCUACGCUGGCCUUUUUCAAGAAUUCGGACAACCCAGUGUAUCGCAGGAUUUUCGAGCACAUGGAGAGAAGUAAAAGUCUGGUGUUGACCAUGGAUGAAGGAAUCCGGCGCGCAAAGGAAGGCAACUUUGCCUUUAUUGGAGAGUCUGUGUCUCUGGACUUAGCAGUGGCACGCCACUGCGACCUGGUCAGAGCGCAUGAGGUGGUCGGCAUGAGGGGAUACAGCAUCGCCGCCACUCUUGGAUCCCCCAUCAUAAAGAACCUGAGCGUGGCCAUCCUGCAGCUAAGUGAGGCAGGCGAACUGGCUUAUCUGCAGAGCAAAUGGUGGGCCAGCAGCUGCCUGGAGGACAAGGCCAAGGUGACAGCUUUGCAUCCGCAUAGUCUCAAGGGGAUGUUCGCCGUGCUCGCGCUAGGCCUGACAUUGGGAAUGCUGCUGGCUGUGCUGGAGCUCGCCUCCAGGAGUCGCAGCAGAGCGGAGGAGGAGAAGAAAUCCUUCUGCCGGGUGCUGACUGAAGAACUCAGCCUGCGUUUCAGAAAAAACGACAACAACAGUGCAACAAAGCGAGCUCAAGAGCCUGCUGAAAAAGAGACAGAAAAGGCAUAGAAUCUUUCUUCACACACUGACAAAAGACCCUUUCUGAUGGCCUAUAACUCUUUUAAAACCCCAUACAUAAUCAAUGGCUUGGUAACAAUAAUACAAAUACUCAAACAAUUAACAUCUCUAACUAUGAACUAUAUGUAAACAAUUGCUACUAGUAUGCUUCUAGAAAUUUAAGGAAGCUUAAAAUAAAAACAGUCACACAAAUUUUGUUAUUUUACAAUGACACGCCAAUAAAGGAACUUAUUCCUUGUUAGAAUUUCAUCUAUUUGAAGGCUGCUUUCCUAUUUCAGGACCUGGAUGACAAAUUAAGUGCUUUGCAAAACAGUAUAGCAUUUUAUUUUACUAUGACAUGCCAAUAAAGGAACUUAUUCCUUGUUAGAAUUUCAUCUAUUUGAAGGCUGCUUUUCUAUUUCAGGACCUGGAUGACAAAUUAAGUGCUUUGCAAAACAGUAUAGCAUUUUCACCGAAGAAUUUCAGUUAUUUCAAAGUCGGCCAGACAAGGUUAACCCAACUGUGGUAACAUUGAGAUAAUUUCUGUGACCUGUUUUCACCACAUCACGUUUGUUCAUGCUAUUUGGCAUCAGUGUGCCUUGACUGAGUGCCAGUAAAGAGAUGUUGUUUUGUCGGGACAUGAUUAUUAAAUUUUUUUUGUUUUAUAUUUUAGGCCAAAAUUAGUUUCAGACUUUACAGACAGUAGCCGCCAGAAAUAUUAAUGCAGUAGUAUAUAUUUUCACAAAAAGUCUGUUAUCAAUUUUUAAUAAACAAAAAAACAAAAUGGAAUCAGGAAUUGUAGAUAUAAUUGCUUAUAUGGUAGUCUCCAUGUUUGCCUGGUCAUAAAGCACAAUAUUCGAUAGGAUUUGAAAGAUCAGUAAAAAUUCUCUCAAUUGGCCAGCACUCUAAAAAAAUGUCUUUUUGUUUUUGUUCAGCUCAAUACCCGGCAUUUCAGUUUGUUCUGCUGGGGAAUAUGUAUGUUCGUAUUUGAAAGACCGUGAAUGUGUACUGUUAGCAAGGGAUAGGGACAAAACCCUGCUGCCUAUGAAGAAAAUGAGUAACAGACACGGAUUCAAAAACAGAUAAGACAGAUGACAGAAAAGCAUACUAAGCUAUGACCGGCCUAAAUGAAGCUCAUCUAUUUUUAACCUAUGCGCUUGGCAGCAAAAUGCCACCACAUGGCU